AUGGAAGUAGAAAAGGGCGCUGGAAACGGCCGCCGGAGUAAGGGAUCCUGGAGCCCCGAGGAGGAUGCACGGCUCGUCGAGCUCGUCCACCGCCACGGUCCGCGUAACUGGAGCGGUAUAAGCUCCGCCAUCCCCGGCCGUUCCGGCAAGUCGUGCCGCCUUCGUUGGUUCAACCAGCUAAGCCCCACCGUGCAGCACCGACCUUUCACCGCCGCCGAGGACGCGACCAUCGUGGCGGCACACGCCAUGUACGGGAACAAGUGGGCUACCAUCGCGCGUCUGCUACCGGGCCGCACGGACAACUCUGUCAAGAAUCACUGGAACUCCACGCUGCGCCGCCGUAGGCCGUCCGAAUCGACCUCGCAGCCCUCCCUCUCUUUGUCCCAAAACUCCUCCGAGCAGGAAGUCUCCGAAUCAGACUCGGAAUCCGAGAGGAAACGACGUUGCCGGAGGGAACCGGCGAAGUCGGCGGGGCCAGCGCCGACGGAGCUACAACGGGAGCCCAUGACAUCCUUGUCCCUGAGUCCGCCGGGCAGGAACGAGUCCGUCGGUGGCUACGGCGGCGGCGGCGGCGGCGGUGUAAAGAAACAGGGGAGCGGGUGGGAGGUGGAGGAGAUGUCCCUGCUAUCAAUAGUGCGAGAGAUGAUCGCGGAGGAGGUGAGGAGCUACAUGAGCAGAGCUCGUGCGUAG